AUGAUGAGUAUCCAUCCAAACAAUUUAUUUAAUUUAAAAUUAACUUUAAAUAAAAUAAACUUUAAUAUUCCUGCUAAUGCUAAAUGGGCACAGAACGGCGUGACUAUUGCUGGAGGUCACGGGGGAGGGGAUGCCACUAAUCAACUCUACCGCCCUUAUGGUCUCUUCGUUGAUGAUGAUCAAACAGUGGUUAUUGCUGACUACGAGAAUCAUCGUAUCAUGCAAUGGAAGAACGGUGACACAACGAAUGGACAAGUUUUUGCUGGUGGUAAAGGCCAAGGAAAUGGAUUGAAUCAAUUGAAAUAUCCAAGUGAUGUAUUAAUUGACAAAGAGAAUGAUAGUCUCAUCAUUUGUGAUCAAGGGAAUCGACGAGUUGUACGAUAG